CAGCAGGGAGAGAGACUAUGCCCUCUCUCUCGCUUGCGGUCUUGCUCAUCUGAAACCAUGAAUUGAAUCAAGAAAAGUUCCGUCAUUUCUUGUUAAGCCCAAUCAAUUUUCAGUCAUACAUCAACAUGUAUUAUUAACACACAAAGAAAAGAAGUAGAAUUUGAGAGAAACAACAACACAAACUGACAUGGAAGAGGAAAAUACUCAAAUUCUGGAGAUCAACUUGAUCUCUGCUCAAUCCCUCAAAACCCCAAUCGCUAACUUCCGCCGUUUGCAAACUUACGCACUUAUCUGGGUUGAAUCAUCUAAUAAACUCCGUACCAAGAUCGAUCAUUUUGGCGGCGAAAAUCCUACCUGGAACGACAAAUUCCUCUUCCGUGUUUCGCGGAAAUUCAUUUCCGGCGAUACCUCUGGCGUAUCCGUUGAAAUCUACGCCGUUGGUGUCCUCAAGGAUUUCCUCGUCGGUACUGUGCGUCUCCUGUUAAGUAGUUGUUUCAAAGGAAUGGUGAAUUCUGGAAUUAGUACUGCAACUCCGGCUUUCACAGCUGUACAAAUUAGGCGGCCUUCUGGAAGGUUCCAAGGAGUUCUGAAUAUCGGUGCCGCGGUUUACAGUGGUACGGAUUUUUCGUUGUUGAAUGGAUUAGCUGCUGUGUGUUUUCGUGAUUUGAUGGAAGAGAAAGAGAGCGGUAGAUGGCGGCGACGGCGGCUUAGCCGUGGAGGAUCAAAGCGGAGUGAGCAAUCAUCAGGCGGCGAGUCUUGUGAUUUCUCCGACGGCACUGAUUCGACGACCUCUUCGUCGUCGUCAGUGGUUUCUACGGCGUUGAAAGACUGGAACAGUGUGCGAACAGCUGUAGAGAUGGCGGGAAAGAAAGAUUUGAAAUCUGACGGUGGUGGUUUGCUGUGUGGUUUAGUGAAGCAGAAGAAGAUUCAAUUGUGUCCGUUUGAUCAGAAUUCACAGUUCUGGACUGAAUCCUUUGAGAAGGAUCCAUAAUCAACGGUCUAUAUUCUUCUUAUACAAAUCAACGGUGGUAAUCAACUGCACAAUUUAAAAUUCUUGCUUUUACUAGAUAAUCCAUUUCAUUCGCCAAUUUACCAAAAAUAAAAAUCCAUCCUUUUAGUCACCUUACUUCCAGAUUUUUACCCAUUCAUUUGUUCCUUUUAGUCCCUUUAAUUCCAGAAAUUACCCAUUCAUUUGUGCCUUUUAGUCCCCUUAAUUCCAAACUUUACCCAUUCUUUUCUUUUUUCGUUACAAUUUUUGGUUACUUUUGAUUAGCAAACGACAUUUGUGAUGUGUAAUCUAGUUUGUAGCGUCUUGUUCUUGAUGCUGAUUCUCUUUCCUUUUUCUUGAUUCUGUCUAUGAAGCUUAUU